GGGUCAGUAGAGAGGAGAAGAUGCUGCCCGGGAUGGCGAAACGGAGCUCUCCGGAAGCACUGUUGUGAAGUUGAAGAUUUAUGAUCAGAUUCCUUGGGACACCCUCUCGGUCUCUGUCUUGAGUCACGGCUUCAGGGUCUGGAAGAUCCAGUCAUAGAAGGGUUGAUUGCCAUCAUGCAAUGGGAAAUGCUUUUCUUGUUCCCACCCUCUUCCCUCCCUCUCUGUCAGAGUUGCUAUCCUUGAUCAGUGCAAGUCUAUAUAGGAGCAGAGAGACGCUCUCACAGCUUCAGAGAGUCUGGUGGUGCCCAUUUGCCACACGUUUCCAAAAAGGACUACCACUUGACUGCAGCAUGACAGAACCCAAGAAGAAAGACAGGAAAGGGAGAAAGAAUGGGGGUAAGAGAGGACGAAAAGAGAGCGAUCCUACUAGAGCUGUUGCUCCAAAGUUAAAACCAAUCAAGAAUCCCAUCGUCGUUGGUGAGGGAAGCAAGCUUAUGGUGAAGUGUGAGGCCACAGGAAAGCCUGUCCCAACCUACAGAUGGUUUAAAGAUGGCAAUGAGCUGACAAGUAGUCGAAAAGUCAAGAUCAAGUCCAACUUGAAAUCCUCCAAAGUCCAGAUCAACAUAGCGAAACUGGAGGAUUCUGGGAAUUACACAUGUGUGGUGGAGAACUCGCUGGGGAAGGACAACUCCACUGGCACCGUCAACGUACAAAGCAGCGUGGAUUGUACAAUGAGCAACUUCUCUUGCAGCACCACUACAGAAAGGACAAAAGGAACAGUAACCACAACGCUAUCUCCAGGCUCAGGCCAUGCCCGAAGAUGCAAUGACACAGAGAAGACCUUCUGUGUGAAUGGCGGCGACUGUUACUUCAUUCCUGGUAUAAAUAAGAUUUCCUGCAAGUGUCCAAAUGACUUUACUGGUGAUCGCUGUCAAACCUACGUUAUGGCCAGUUUCUACCAGCAUCUUGGGAUUGAAUUUAUGGAGGCAGAAGAACUCUACCAGAAAAGAGUCCUGACAAUCACGGGUAUUUGUGUGGCUCUGUUGGUGGUAGGCAUCCUGUGUGUGGUUGCCUACUGUAAAACCAAGAAACAAAGAAAGAAGAUGCACAAUCAUAUGCGACAGAACAUGUGUCCUGAACAUCCCAAUCGUAACCUUGCUAACGGACCUAAUCACCCAGGACCCGGCCCGGAGGAAAUCCCUAUGGUGGAUUACAUAUCAAAGAAUGUCCCUGCAACUGAGCAAGUCAUACGGCCCGCGACAGAGCGAUCAUUCCCAGCCAGUCACGCCUCUUCCAGAUCUCACAACUCUUCCACACGAGCCCACUCAUCAACUCAAAGACAUGAGGAACGGACAUGGAGCCUGGAACGUUCUGAAAGUUUCCUCUCUGACUCGCCGGGAAUGAUGUCAUCGUCCGUGGGGACCAGUAAAUGCAGCAGUCCUGCGUGCAUGGAAGCGCGGGCGCGGCGAGCUGCUCACUGUGGUUACUCUGAUCCCCAUCGGCCGGGGCUGCAGUACGGGGACUCGUUCGACUCGCUGGGAGACUCUCCGCACAGCGACAGGUACGUGUCAGCCCUGACAACACCAGCCCGCCUGUCCCCGGUGGAUUUCCAUUACUCGUUGCCCCCCCAGGUGCCUACCUUCCAGAUAACAUCCCCCAAUGCCAGCCACGCCAUGUCGCUUCCUCCUGCUGUCCACAACCCCUAUCCUCCAGAGGAUGACCAGCCGCUGCUGCGCCGCUACCAGGUGCCCCUACAUGACGCCCAGUGCCAGGAGCCCUACCGGCAGCAGCGCCGCACCUACCUAAAGAACAGCAGGGGCAGCCUGCCCUCCAGCCCCUACCGGCUGGCCGAGGAAGAAGACUAUGAGACUACCCAGGAGUACCUCUCCUCUCGGGAGCAACCAAAGACAAGUGGGUCCAGUGAAACUGGUAGCCGGCGCUGGAAGAGAUCCAGACUGAACGGCCACGUGGCCCCACGUGGAUACGAGGCAUCUCGGGACUAUGGAUCUCGAAGCUGCCUAACAGAAAGCGAGUCAGAGGAGGACGGUGAGAGCACUCCCUUUCUCAGUAUGCAGAACAUGAACGCCGAGCCCUCUACCAUCUACAGGCCGGUGGACACUCGGACUUCUCACUCAUCAGGGUGGCACAGCGGGCGUGGCAACAUGCAUACAAGACUCACACAGUCGCGCUCCAAACCGGACAGUACGCCCCAUUAAAGAGUGACGAUGAACCAACAAAAAUCAAUAUAGUAUAGACCUGCAUCUAUAAGAAAUAUUUUUAUUUUAUAUAACUGACAGAUAUUCUAAACAAAUAAAAUAUUUAUUUUCAUUUUAGCAAAAGUUGUCUACUAGUUAACAGCAAAGAAUUUUUUAUAGGGAAAACUCUAUUUAUAUGUACAUUUUGAUUUACAGCAUAAAAAAGAUGUGCCAGUUUUUUCACAACGUUAAAAAAAAAAAAAAAAAUAGAGUAAUAUUGUGGUGCCUUUUGCUGUUUGCCGAUGCCAGAGGGCCAGUGGAGGUUUUUGUAGCCUUUCUUAUAUGGACGACUCAUUUUUUAUACACAUUUAUGUUCUUUUGUUCUGUCUGAUUUUUUUUUUUUUUUUUUUUCCUGUCUCACUUUCUUUCCAAAAAAAAAAAGGCAUUCUUUGAGAAGUCUGUCCCCACUGGAGCAUAACCCCUUCCAUGUCACGCAAUAUAAACCACUUCAACAUAAAGUGUGUGUUUACAUUAAUAUGAUUCGUCCUGUAGGGUUUGGUGGUUCGGGGAUAUAACAGAACGCCUGACAAAUACAAUGUAGAACAUUUCUGACGUAUGUGCCCUGAGAGACGAAGAAAGAAGAUAGUGAUGUGCGGUUGAGUGCAGGUACAAAUGAAUCUGUGUGAGUGUAACGUUGCUUGCAUGCUUUCGUGAAUGUUAGGAGAAUAUCAUGUUGUGAGAUUAAAUGUGUGGAUCUCAGGAGAGCUGCCACUGACCCCUUCUCCUUUUCCCCUCUCCCUCCCUUUGUGUAGGUGGACAGGUAAGGCCGGGUUGUAUUAUGCAGGUCAUUUCUUAAUGAUGUAUUUACAACUCUCUGGCUCCAAGUCUUCCCCUAUUCUCUCCUUUUUAAAACAUCCUUGUACGAGGCCAACAAACGCUUAGCUGAUGGGCAAGGAGUGGGCAUACCGACGUAGGAGACCAAAUCAAAAGAUAUAAUCUGUUUUCACUCAAAACGACUCCUCCUCCCACAUCUCAUUAUCAUUCUGUAUCCAUUCUGUUUCUGUGGCUUGUUUUAAAGGCCAUACAGUGUCUCAGGAUUUCCACAUAGCCCGCUCCACCCCACACACCCACUUCCACCUCCUCUCACCCCUUGAGUAAGGCCUACCUAAGACGACGGUUCUCGGAAGUUGAGGACCUGGAGAUAAACACGCUACCAGUCUACCAGUCCCACGCAAAGAAAAGGUGGAAGCAGCUCUGCUGAAGGAGAGUAGAAACAAUGUAGGGAAUUAGCUGUGAAAACUACGGAGGAUCAUACAAUGCAAAAAUAUGCAAACUUUACAUUUUGCUGUUUGACUACAUCAUUUUCUAAGAGGUGACUCUAGUGUGUUGUGUGCGCAAAAAAAAAAAAACUCUGUAAUGCCUGUGGAGCAGAAUGAAAACAAUGGGUACCUACCUGAGUUAUUUUUUAAAGCCAUUAUGCAGACAUCUAUCCACUGCUUUGAUCCAUCCUUCACUUGCUCACAACUGUGUCUAUGGCACAGGAUUUAAUUAGACCACUCCACAUCACACAUACACUCCCAAAUAUUGUCUCGUCUAGUAGAGCUGUGUACUGCUUUGUCUGUUUGACACGUUUUAUCAUUUUGAAUUUAAUCUGUAAAUGAUCGUUUUACCAAGGUGCUCAUAUAGUAAGUAAUAUCACCCUCGUUUAAAGUAGAGAUGUGCCAAGAAUCAAACUCAACUUGUCUGGAGACUGUUCAAUCAAAUACUCAAACUGACUUUGCAAACCCAAAGGAGGCGACACAUGGAGAUGAGUGGGGUCAAUAGAGUAUUAGUCUAUUCUUUUAAACAUUUCAGCUCUUUUCAGUUUUAUUCUUUUUUCAGGCUAAACAGCACUUGCAGAAAAUCCAGUGAUCUGUCUUGUUGGUCUAUAGCAUGAUGUGCGUGGUGAAGGUUUCGCCUUAAAUAUGCUACUUACCUCGGCACAUAGACCAUCUGUAACCAGAGACCAGCUUUUACAAGUCAGCUGAUGCUAUGACUGACUUGCUCGAUGAGUGAGAGGACAUGACGGGGAGAACUUGACCUCAACCGCCCCAAUCCCCUUCACUAUUUGAUCCAUUCAUCAAACACAUGGAGAGAAUAAAAUAGUUCUACCUAUUUUCAUUGUCAGUGAGGAGUUUGAAAAGGAAGUCUAAGGACAUAUGUAGAUGUAAGAAAUGAUAUAAACUGAAACUAUUUUUCAUUGUUGAUUUGUUUUUUCAUGCUGCAAAAUUAGAGCAAGUAUUAUCCAGAUGCUGGGGAUUUUGCUCCCUCAUCACCAACUUGUACUUUUGCACUUUA